AAUAUAAGUAAGAGGAACAUACCUCGACCCGGUACGACGCAAGGCUGAGCCGAGAGCUAGGGUUUUACAGAGAAAUGGGGGAUAGCUACUGGAAUCGACAACAACCUGUGAAUCCUUCGGUUGCUGGCAUGCUUAAGCGGCCUCGCUCUGACUAUGGUCUUCCACCAUCUGGGGUGCCCUCAGCUCAUGAGAUGCAUUAUUCUUUAGCACGAGAUGAUGAUCGUGGUGCACCUUGGGCUGCAAAGGACACAAAAGCAAUUGGAUCAGCAUAUGACCAUUACCUCCAAAAUGCGCAACCGACUUCUUUUUCUUCCGGGGAAGCUAGUAAUCUUAGUGGAAUUGGGUUAGGAAGGAGUGCUGUUGCUGGAAUGCAUGGUCGUUCAUUAACAGAUCCUGCUGCAAUGGGUCAUUCCGGGACUGUUGGGCGAGAUCUAGCACCAAAUGGUCGAGGCAUGGGUUUUGAUGAUCGGUUUACAGUGGAUGCACGGGCACCAAAUGGCCGAGACUUGGGUUUUGAUGGUCGGCUGCCAGUGGAUGCAAUGCCCAGGCCAGGCCGUGACACAUUGCCUCUCCCUCCAGAUGCUUCAAAUACUCUGUAUGUGGAAGGGCUUCCUUCUGACUGCAGGAAGAGAGAAGUGGCUCAUAUUUUCCGUCCUUUUGUGGGUUAUAAGGAAGUGAGACUUGUGAGCAAGGAGUCCAGACAUCGUGGUGGUGAUCCCCUUGUCCUUUGUUUUGUGGAUUUUGUCAGUCCAGCUUGUGCAGCAACUGCUUUGAGUGCCUUGCAAGGCUAUAACAUGGAUGAGCAUGAUCCAAAAUCUUCAUGCUUGCGACUACAGUUUUCAAAGUACCCAGGGCCAAGGUCUGGCGAAAGAUCUCGUGGGAAGAGGUAAACAGGUUGUGGAUGAGGAUGUCCUGGUUGAGUUGAAUCUUGUAUUUGCUCAUACAUACAUUCGUAUAUUUCCCUCCUCACUGCUUGAGCAUUGCUUAGAUGUAUUGUACCUAGAGUAUGCUAUUUUGAUUGCUCAGCCAUGGCCAUAUGCUAACUACGAAAAGUUUGGGAAUGCACAAACGAAGCCGUGGAGGUAGGGUGAUGGAAGUAGAUUUCAUAAUUUCACUUAUGCAUUCGGAAGGAUAGGUUUUUCUUAGUACUCUAUAUUUGCUUAUUAUUGCAGGAAAUAGAAGUUGUUUGUGGUAUGAUUAUUGCUAAAUUAAGAACCCUUUUUUUAUAUUUAUUAUUAUAUGGUUGUGUUUUACCUUCAAAA